AUGUUCGAUGGAGGUGUUUGUAAAUCCAAAAGUGAGCUCCACAAGGAAAUCGAUCCUUAUAUUGACUCCGAAACAGGAAUGUUGCCUAAAUGCACGGAUCAAUUGUCGGAUUCUUCCAUUUCCUCGUCUCAAUUAUCGUCCGCAUCAACAAUUAGAGCAGCAUCUCCAUCCAAACACAAGCCAAAAGCAACAACAACAACAAACCGCCAACCUAAAAAAGCAAAACAAAAGAGACAACCUACAAUGCUCGUUUCUUCCGCUGCGACUGUUGCAAUCCUUCAACCACCUUCGCCUGUGGGUGAACGAGAAGAACUCUUUGAAGGAUUAGAGCAACAAAAACAUCAUCAUCGUUCUGCAUCGCCAAUAUUGGACAACAAAUUCAACAAAAUUAGGCGUCAACUGCGAGUGGCCCUUCUAAAAAGAAAUGAAGGGCAGAAGAAGGCUUCUGGUGAAUCUGUGGACAGUAGCGAUGCGGAUGAUGAAGAGGAAGACGACGAUGAAGAAGAGGAGGAGGAGGAAGGAAAGAGCUACGCGUAUUCGUCAAUCUCAAGUAUGUCAACAGAAGCAGCUGGUAAUGAAGAGGGCUUUGAUUGUUGUGUUCAACUUUGGAAUAUUCUCGUCAAAAUUGUUAGGCUGAUGUUUGAGGCUGGCAACUAUGUUUUGGACCAUAAAUUGUUGUUCUAUCCUUUGGCUAUCAUAUUCGCCUAUUUGUGCCUUGGAGUUCUUCAUUCAAUAUUCGCCUCUAUUUUGGCAAGCGUUGCUGGUUGGGUUUGGCCUCCGCUUCAUUUCAUUCUGAGCACUACUGGCGGUUUUGUUUGGCGAUUUGCCGAUUGGUUGUUUUGGGUGGAUGAACUUGGACGGUCAGAAAAAAAAAUUUUUUUGUGA